CUGCUGAUGGAGUUGGAAAAUACCAACCAGGUAUAUUCCACAAAUAACGAAAGUGAAACAAGACUUGACGGCAGAAAAGUGAACUCUACUUAUGGUAAAGAGGGAAGUUCCUCAGCUAACGGAAGCCUUCCCAUGCAAAAGGACUACUUUGGAAUACUCGAGGAUUUAGAAGAAAAGUUUGAAAAAGAAGAUUUUUACGUGGAGGAGAUGAAAAAAGGAAGAGACUGGAAAUAUUUCCAAGUAUUGAAACCAAAGGUAUACGAGUUGAAGGCAAAGCUUAUAGAGGAGUCACUUGGAGAGUGGUACAAAGAACCACGUUUUGAUGUGGAUAGCCCAAAUUUUGAUAGGGACGAAUAUGCAGAGUUGAUACAAGCAAUUUAUGAGACCAUGGGUUUUCACGAAAGAAGUUUUGGCGUUUCUUUUCAUAACUUGAGCGUACAGGUCCCAGUUUCAGAUGCACCAGCAAUACCAACAGUUUGGACUAGCGCCGUAGCAACUUUGAAGAACCUUUUGAGAUUAGUUCGUGCACCAUUCAAACCUAUUGAGAGAAGUUUAUUGAAAAAAGAAGAACCAGUCGCAGAAAUUCUUUCAAAUAUUUCUGGCUAUGUGCUUCCUGGCGAAAUGUUAUUGGUGUUAGGUCCUCCCGGUUCUGGUUCUUCAACGUUAUUGAACGUAUUAGCCAACGAUGCUCCUAAAAGCUUCAAAGUCACAGGAAAGGUUUCUUAUGGAGGUAUUGGGGCACAUAAGAAACUCCACCAUGUAGUUCGUCAUGUUGGUCAAGACGAUAUUCAUUUACCUACCCUGAGCGUCUGGCAUACGUUUAAGUUCGCAGCCGACUGUUCCAUACCAGACUUUUUUCCGUUUGCAAAGCGCAUCCGAUACGACAGGAUUCGCUUGGUUGCAAGGGGACUUGGUUUGGAACGUGUGUUGAAGACUAGAGUUGGUGGUCCUCGUGUUCGUGGAGUUUCAGGUGGUGAGAAAAAGAGAGUUACAAUUGGUGAAAUGCUUGUUGGAAGUCGUGCUCAAUUAUUUGUCUUUGAUCAAUUUACAAAAGGAUUAGAUAGUGCUGUUAGUCUUGAUAUUGUUCGCAGUAUGAGAAGGUCGGUAGAUAGAGACAAGAGAGUAUUUAUUGUUAGUAUGCAACAGCCUUCAGAGGAUAUAUAUUGGUUGUUUGAUAGAGUCCUCGUAAUUGAUCAAGGGAAACAACUUUUCUUUGGACGCGUUUCUGAAGCAGUGCCUUAUUUUGAGUCUAUUGGAAUCAGGAAGCCACUGAGAAGAUCUAUUCCCGAGUUUCUUUGCUCUGUUUCCGAUCCUAAACAUACUUUGGUUUGUCCUGGCUUUGAAGAAACGGCUCCCAUAAAUGUGGCUUCAUUUGAGGAGAAAUAUCGCAAUUCAAUAUACCAUGAGAAGGUUCUUGCAGCAUUAAGCAACGGUUAUGCGGAACGAGAUAUUUCUCGAAGGCGACCACUUGCAAGUGAGAUAUCCCACUUGCUUGAAAGACGAGUUUUACAACCCUUUCAUGUACAAUUGAAGCUAUGUGUUUUGCGUCAGUUUCGAAUGGAUCUGAACAACAGAGGAACACUAAUGUUUCGUUUUUGUCGUUACAUUUUCAUGGGUCUUGUUCUCGGAGCUUUAUUUUUUAAGGAACCCAGAGAUAAACAAGGCAGUUUAGCUGUAGUUGGGGCAUUGUUUAUCUCGCUUAUACAAAUGGGUCUUGGUUCUAUUAGUACUUUGCCAAACAUUUUUGAACAAAGAGCAGUCUUGUAUAAACAAACUUCUGCCAACUUCAUUGUGGCGCAACCUUUCUUUAUCGCUCAAAUGUUGGAGGAAGCUCCUGUUUAUUUUCUUGAAGUUGCUUUCUAUUCCAGCUCACUUUAUUGGAUGGCUGGUCUCAAUCCGUUGAAUAAUGGUCAAAGAUUUCUUUUUUUCAUUUUCAUUUACUGGAUCCUCGAUUUGGUGAUGAGUGCUCAGACUCGACUUAUUGCAGUUGGAACACCUGCGGUAGAAGUGGCAACGGCCAUAUCUCCAGCAGUAGUGAUAGCAAACAUUGUUUUUGCUGGAUUUAUAUUACCUAGAGGAAGUAUUCCUCCUUGGUGGAUUUGGCUUUAUUAUCUGUCUCCUUUUCAUUAUACUUUUGUAUCUUCAAUGAUAAACCAGUUUGAUGGACUGCGGCUUUUCUGCACUACAUCAGAAUUGGAACCAACUGUUUCGUACAUUCCAAACGCUUUCAAGACCUGUCCAGUGAGUACGGGUGCAGAGUAUAUUCAACGUCAGUUUCAGAUCAAUCAUCCUUAUGGUUGGAAAUUUUACAAUGUACUGAUUUUGGUUGGAUUUUACACUCUUUACUCGAUAUUGGGUAUCUUAUGUGUAACAUUCUUAAAGUUUAGCCCACGAAAAGGUGGAAAGAGAGCUGUCACGAAGAAACGUUCGUCUACAGAGGUGAACAGAGAGUUGGAUGAAGAAUUGCGCAUAUUUCGUGAAAGACAUGAAAGUACCAUAAAUAUAGAGGAAGUUUCCCAAAGUAUCUAUUUUGUAACGGAGAAUGGAAAUGAUCAUCAACCAAGGAGAGGAGACAGCAAAACUCUAAAUGGCUCCAACUCCUUUUCAAAGGAUCGUGACGAAGGUUCGUUUUCAGGAACAGAUGUUCUGCAAUCAGAUGAACAUUUGAGUUUGAAGGAGAUAUAUUUUACCUGGAAGCAUCUUUAUUAUAUUAUACCAAAAGAGUCUCAGAAGACAGGACUCAAGCAGCGUCUUUUGUCAAAGAAGAAAGAUUUUGCAGAGAACGAUCUUGUCCUUCUAAAUGAUGUGACAGGUUAUGCUGUACCUGGUCGAUUGGUUGCUCUUAUGGGCUCUUCUGGUGCUGGGAAGACCACAUUAUUGGAUGUUUUAGCUCGGAGAAAGACUUUUGGAAAAAUUUUGGGCUCUGUAGAGUUGAACAGAGAGCCUGUACAUAUUUCUUUUCGUCGCAUCAAUGGUUAUGUGGAACAAGAAGAUAUACAUGUGCCACAGCCAACUAUUCGAGAAGCUAUUACUUUUUCCGCUAUGUUACGUUUACCAUCGGAAGUUUCCAGGGAAAGGAAAAUUCUCGCAGUUGAGCGUAUUUUAGAUCUUUUGGAACUUCGAGACGUUGAACAUCGUAUGGUUGGAUUUGGGUUGCCACCGGAAACCAAGAAGCGAGUUACUAUUGGUGUUGAACUGGUGGUGAAUCCUUUGGUUUUAUUUUUAGAUGAGCCUACUUCUGGUUUAGAUGCCAGAGCUGCCCUAAUUGUAAUGCGUGCCAUAAGAAGGAUCGCACAUGCAGGACAUACAGUUGUCUGUACGAUUCACCAACCUUCAACAGAAAUAUUUGAAAUGUUUGACGAUUUAUUACUUUUGCAACGUGGUGGCCACGUCGUUUAUUUUGGUCCCCUUGGUGUUCAUUCCAAAGUUAUGAUGGAUUACUUUAUUCGUAAUGGAGCAGCGCCCAUCCAACAAGGACGAAAUCCUGCUGACUGGAUGUUAGAAGUUGUUGGUGCGGGUAUCUCAAACUCGCAGACCACUGACUGGGCUUCUGUUUGGAAGAAUUCUCGAGAAUAUAGGCGAGUUUUGGCUGAAUUGGGUGAAAUCGACAGUACUUCACAGUUUGAGGAGGAAGAAAGACAGAGUCUAGAAAACAUUACUCCUAUUGUUCCUGAUAAUGUUCACAAGGUCACUUUUCGAAGCUCUGUUGCUUCAACAUUCAGAGACCAAGUAGUUGAAGUGACAAAACGAAUUUUUAUUUGUUACUGGCGUUUUCCAUCAUACAACUGGACAAGAUUUGUUAUUGCUGUUGUUAUGUCGCUGCUGGUGGGAAGCGCUUUUUACAAGUUUCCACAUGACCAACAAGGUGCCCGAAAUAGUAUUGCAGUUCUUUAUAUGGGUGCGAUGUAUGGUGUUAUGCAGCAGACUUCUUCCAUUAAUCCUAUGUUUCAGAUGCGAGAUGCAUUCUAUCGCGAAGUUGCUGCAGGGACAUACUAUCCUAUCGUUUACUGGAUUGCUAUUGGAUUAGUUGAAAUGCCAUUUUCAUUGGUGCCAGGAACCGUCUAUGUUCUCAUUUUGUAUUUCUUAGCAGGUUUUCCAGCAUCCAAAUUUGGAUUUUUCUACUUCAAUUUCUUUAUCUUUAUGUGGUCUGCAAUAUCUUUAGGGCAAACUGUCGCAACAUUUUCCCCUAAUCCAAUGGUUGCAUAUAUGCUGAACCCAGUAUUGAACUCACUUCAGUCGGCCCUUGCAGGGUUCGUUAUUCCGGAACCUUCUAUACCAGUUUAUUUUAAGUGGUUAUAUUGGAUUGACCCCUAUCGUUAUCUGCUUGAAGCUAUAUCAACAAACACGAUCGAAAAUUUUUCCUAUUAUUGUACUUCAUCGGAGUAUCGUUAUUUUACAAAGCCACCAAGUUGGCCUAGUUGUGAGAUCAACUCGAAUAAUCAGUCAACUCCUUAUGUGAAUGCUCCAGUUGGGUUAUGUUCGGCGGUUACUGUAAAUAACCAUACCUAUGAUAGUUGUUGCAGAUACUGUCCAAUCAACAGUGGUUCGCAAGUAUUAAGCGAAUUCGGACUUCAAUAUUGGCGAAGAUGGGAUGACUUAGGCGCUCUUGUCGGUUUCUGGUGGGUUUUCCGUUUUGCAACACUCUUUGGUCUCCAGUUUAUCCGAUGGGUCCAGCGUUGAGCCGUUUUUCCAGCGUGACUAGGCAUCUCAUGUAGAUGAGCAUCUUUAGGAAAUUUGUAUUCGUUUACAGUGAAUUUCAAUUUUCUCAAGAAAUAAUAAACGCAAAUAUGUGGCUUCCAUAAAUAGAAUAUUCACUUU